AUGGCGACCCGCAAUCCUGCUUUCUGCCGUGCCAACGUCCUCGUCCUUGGGUCUACCUCUGUCCAAGCCCUCAUUCCGUCCACGCUUAUCUCGCAGGCAGAGGCCCUGCUCGAGAGCCACCGCGUCGAAGAUGCUGCAGACCUUGCGGACCAGCAGCGCAAGAAGCUGCAGACAAUGGUCACUGCGAAUUAUCACGAGCUUGAGGAACUACACUACGUGUACCAACGACUGGGAUUCCAAUGCUUGACCGAGACGCUCUUUGACGAUGCUGGCAGGCACCUUUUUGCAGGAGAGCUGGACCCCCGUGUCCUCAUAGGGUACUAUCCGGAGUUUCGUGGGGAGCUGUUUAAUGCGGAGGACGAGGUGGAUGUCUUUGCGGGCGUUGCAGAGCAUAUGCCGACCGAAGGCUCGAUAGAUGAAAUUAUUACGGGCAAUCUAGUCAGGAAUUAUUCCCCGCACCUUUCGCCCAACACGCGCACCGCACCCCCGACAGUCGAAUUGAGGAGUAUCCUCAAUAUGACUGCGUGUGACAUGCUUGAAGCAUUUCUCCGCAAAUGGCGCACCAAGGCGAAGAUCGACCGGCCAGACGCGCUGGGGAAUGCGCCAGCGGUUAGGGCGACUGUCGAUACCGUUCUCGCGAAGCUGUAUACUAAGCAUGAGAAGCCAACUGACCUUCGAAGCAUUAUCGACGAACCGAAUAACAUUGUCCUGGCCGAGCUCGAACCCAUGCUCAUCGAGGCUCGACAAUACGGAGUGCUAUGUAAGCUCUACCGACAGCGUGGCGAAGAAACGAAACUGCUCGAGGCAUAUUCCAAGCUGGUUGAUGGCGAGUGGAUGGAUGCAGGUGCACAGGAUCCGCUGUCGAGCAUGUUCGCGCUACUUGGCGAGAAGCGCGAUCGGGCAUUAGUUCAGCGGUGGGGCAUUUGGCUCACAAAGCGAGAUCCUGAUCGUGCGCUCAAGCUGCUGACAUCUCUAAGCUCGGGGAAGCGCACAGCAGAUGAUGAUCGUGCGCUCCUGCAGCAGAUUCAAGAAGCAGACGCAACUGUUGGUGCGAGAUAUUUGGAGCACCUCGUCCUGCAGAAGCGUAGUAUCGAUCCUGGUCUCCAUAUGCAACUUGCCACGAACUGUGUAGAUGAAUUGCUAUCUUGCCUGGCGGACGAGUCAACAACGAAGCUUUGGCGAGCGAAAGCAUCGUCAUAUGCUUCUGGCCGUGCAGAAUCAUCGUUCUUGUCGUACUUUGCCUCGACGACGCCAGACUCCGGAGCGACGCGCACGCGGCUGAAGGCAAUCUUAUUCCUCGAGGGCUCUACAUUGUACGAUUCACAAGCAAUCCGCAAGCGCCUGGUUGAAUACGAGAAGGUCCUCAAGUUCGAGUUGGCUAUUGUUGAUGGCAAGCUCGGCGAACAUCGCUCUGCGCUGAUGUCUCUUGUGCAUGAACUUCAUGACAACACGUCCGCUGAGAUUUACUGCACUCUCGGAGGCGACAUUGUGCCUACAAAGCUCGCCCAGUCACUCGGCGAGCGGUUUGACCUGCAGCAAUGGGCGUCGUUACUCGUACCCUCAUCAAUGAAAUCUAAACCGAGCGCUGUGCCGAUGAGCAGACCUCCGACGGUCGAUGGUGACCUCAAGAAGAGUCUGAUUCGGAUAUUGCUGGAGGUGUACAUGAGUGGCGGGGAGGCAACGGCAGAGCGAACGGCCCGUUUCCUGAAUGCGCAAGCGAUGAGUUUGGAUGUUCUUGAUGUGCGCAUCCUCUUCCUUGUUGUGAUAUCGCUGAUUCCACCAGAGUGGCCACUGCGUAUUAUUUCGACGUUCGUCGCGCGAUCGCUGCGUCGGACAUCACACGAACAGCACGAGGGCGAAAUUGUAAAGGCUGUCAGCGCCGCGCAGAAUUUAGCCAUUGCAGAGCAGAGCUGGGCCGUCUUGCGAGAGCAGGGUGCUAUUGUGGAAGAGGCGCUCGAUGAUGAUGGAGAGGAUGGCAGUGAGAAGCCGGAUGAAAAGGGUCUCGUGAUGUCAUUUGACGAGAAGACAUCACCGCGGAUCGGCGAGUUUGUGCAUCCAACAUCGGAGAUGAAUGGAGGAGCGAUAGAUAUCGAUGAUGAGCGAGCGAAAGAGGCCUUGUCGUCACCACAUUCUGGUGAGGAUAUAGCCGUGGGUACGUGA